ACUUCAUUGUUUCAAAUUGAUUUCUGAGAAAUAGUUCAGCUUUGCUCGCUCGCUUUUCACCGAAACAUGGACAUCAAAGCUUUGCUUUAUAAUCUUAGGGAAGAAGUGUGUUGUUCAGUUUGUACUUAUAUAUACACGGAUCCAAAACAGCUCCCGUGUCUUCACAGUUUCUGUCUGCAAUGCUUGAAACAGUGGCACAGAAAAGGCCAUGGCCGAGACACUAUCCGAUGCCCGAAAUGGCAAGCUCUUGUCAGAGUGCCUGAAAGUGGCGAUCUCAACGAUCUUCCCACCAGUUUUUAUCUGAACGGCUUGAUUGAUGUGCUGGCCAUUAGAGAAUGUAAAACCAGCCAAGUGAAAUGUGGAAAUUGCGACAAGACAAGCUCGGAAAGUUCGUAUUGUUUCCAGUGCUGUGCGUUUUAUUGCCAAGAGUGCGUAAUCGGACACAACAUGUGGAAGAGCUACAGAGAUCACCGUAUUCUGGCGCUCAAAGCCUUUCAACACAAGGACUAUGAGGAUGUGAUGAAACGACCUGCCUUUUGUCCUAAAAAAGAUCAUAACAAAGAAGAGCUGAAGUACUUUUGUAAGAGUUGUGAAAUGCCAGCUUGCCAGGUUUGUUCCACAUUGGACCACGGAGGUCAUAACAUGAAAUUAAUCAAAGAAGAAGCAGAAAUACAGAGGACUGAGAUGAUGGCGUUGGUUGAAAAACAGAGACGCAAUUUACAAGCAAAGAUGGAAGCCGUUAAUCGACUUGAUGAAGAAUUCGCCAAACUGAUGCAACAAGGCGAAGACAUUAUAAGAAACGUUGAGACAUUUGUUGACAGUCUUAUGGCCGUUAUUGAGGCCAAAAAGCAGAAUAUACUAUCAUCGGUAGAGAAAGAAACGAGCACGUCGCUUGAACUUAUAACGGAGCGAAAAACCGAAGUUCAGACUCAAAUAAAGGCGAUAGAAUCAUCCCUAAAAAACGCUGAUAAGCUUUUAAGUCGUAGCACAAACGCUGAAAUCGUUCAACUAAAGAAAUCGUUAGACGCCAUAUUUGAACGAGUUGAUCAAACCGAGCCAGUUGACUGUGACACCAGAAGCCUUUCGGCUGGUUUCGUUUUCGAGAAAAAUCAAAAGGUGUUGGACACCGUCAAAGUUGAACAAAUGGGAACUUUGCAAUGUUUGCAACGCACAAAAGCAAGUCAGUCUAUUGCCGAAGGCAGAGGACUUGAGGAAGGGUUUAUGAAUCGUCAAGCAAAAUUUACAUUGACUUCAAGGAACGCUUGUGGAAAACAGUUUUACAACGAGCGUGACCACGUUACGGUGGAGAUCAGAGAUGAACAAGGACGAGAAUGUGCGGCGGGAUUACGAAUAAAUGACUUUAGAGAUGGACUCUAUCAGAUCAGCUUUACUCCAAAGGAACAGGGAAGAUGUAAAGUGAAGGUAAAGGUAAACGGGGAACAUGUUUGCAGCAGUCCUUUUACCGUACAAGUAAAACCAUUUCAGUUUACACCUGUUUUAUCUUUCGGUGUAGGAGGUUCGUCUAUAGGAAUGUUUAGACAUCCUUGGGCGGUAGCAGUGAAUGCUAAGGACGAGAUAGCUGUAACUGAUUAUGGCAACAACAGAAUUCAAAUCUUUAACAGUGACGGAAAUUACAUAAGAUCUUUUGGGUGCCAGGGUAGCAACCAGGAAGAAUUUAUACAACUUAUGGGAAUAGCCUUUCAUAAUAAUGGGAAUAUUUUCGUCGCAAACAGUUUGAAUCAUAGAAUUGAGAUCGUCACUGUGGAGGGUAAGUACGUUGGAAGCUUUGGUGAGUGUGGUAACCUUGAUCAUCAACUUAAUAGUCCUUGGGGUUUAUCUGUAGACAGUGACGGAAAUAUCAUCGUUACUGACAGAGGAAACAGUUUAAUUAAAAUCUUUUCUCACGAUGGAAAGUUCCUUAUGAAGACAGGUGGUCAGGGUUUUUCUAAAUUUCUUAGGCACUGUAUUCAGUAUGAUAGAUAUCUCAUAGUGUCCGACAGUGGUGAACAUUGUAUCAAAGUAUUUGACAGAAAUGGAAACUUUCAGUAUAAGUUUGGAAAGAAUGGUAUCGGUGACGGGGAGUUUUACAAUCCUGGUUUUAUGUCAGUGAACAAAUCAGGACACCUGAUGGUUUGUGAUGAAUGUAAUCAUAGAGUACAAGUAUUUGAAACAAAUGGUAAGUUUAUUGGCAAGUUUGGUACAAAGGGCAGCAAUUUGGGAGAGUUUCAAAGUCCUCUGUCACUUGCAAUUUUAAGCAACGACCGAAUUGCUGUUUGUGACACAAAUAACCAUCGUGUUCAAAUGUUUGAGUGAAAGAAAAAUCAAAAUCAGGUCAAGUCAAAUAAGCCGUCAGUGCGCUGGACUCUGGGUCAAACGGCCCGGGUUCAAGUCCUGGCUGGGGCUUAACGUU